AAAAUCGUCCGCUGUCAUUCGCGAUCGUCCUUUUCCAGUGUUUUGCUACCCGAAUCUGCACGUGUGCUCCGCUGUUUAUUCGCUAAAAUCAUGGAUAAAUCCGUCGUAUUGGCUCGUGUCAUUAAGGUGCUCGGUCGCACCGGUUCCCAGGGUCAGUGUACUCAGGUGAAGGUGGAAUUCAUCAGUGAACAGAAUCGCCAGAUCAUCCGCAAUGUGAAAGGUCCAGUUCGAGAGGGUGAUAUUCUGACGUUGCUAGAGUCUGAACGUGAGGCCAGAAGAUUAAGAUAGGCUGAGCAAGAGCGGAUUAUGAUUCGGAUUAAGUUAAGGAAGGCUUAUGCUUGAUUUCACAUUGCUGCUUUUGUCUCCAUUGAAAAGGUUAUACAUCCAAUCGAAGACUAAUUAAAUUUCAAUCAACAGACAAAAGCUCCGUAAUAAACAAAUGUGAAAACGGUUA